AUGUCUAAUUCACAUUUGAUUGAAAAUUAUUACAUAAUUCUAAAAAUAAAGGAUCCACAAUUACAUCAAAACUCAGAUGAAAUUGAAAUCAAGUAAUAAAUGUAGUAUGAUAAUAAAAACUAAAUUUAUUAAACAACUAUUAAAGUUUAAACUAAAAUCAGAUAUCAAUAUCAAUAUGCUAAAAAGAUUAAUGAUAACUUUAUAUAUGAAGUUGGUUUUAGAGGAUUUUAAUAUAGCUCAGUUGAUCCUUUAUUAAUAGAUUAAUGGAAUAAAUAAUGGUAUCAAUACAUUUUUACAUAUGGUGGUUAUAAUCAAAAUAUUUUUAAUGGUUAUUAGGCUGUUAUAAGAGAUUAUGAUUCCCCCCAUUAUAGAGAAAUAUUAUUUGAGAAAAAUCAUAAUUAUAUGCAUUGCAAAGAAAUAAUUGAUAUGAAUAUAAAAAAAAAUAAUAGAUAAUUGUGCUUUAAUUAAAUAAAUUAAGAUGGAAAAAGACUAGAUUCAUCUGAAUAAAUAUAAAUUAUUGAUGUUAGUAAAGUGAAUGAAUAGCAGAAAUUUAUUUCCAAUCUAGCUUUAAUAGAAUUUAAAGAAAUAGACUCAAAAACAAAAUAAAGAAUUGAAACAUAUUCAGGAAUUUAUAAUGAAAUGGUUAUUAUGAAAUAAUAAUUAAAAGAUUCUAAUUAAUCAAAAGACUUAAAAUAAAAUAUUCAAGAAAUAAUAAAUCAUUAUGAUAUAAAAAUCGCAGAAAUAAAUUAGAAACAUUUAUUAGAUUUAAUGAGAAAGGAUUAAGAUAAUAAAUAGGCCAUUAUUAAUUUAGAAUAAAAAUAAAAAGAUUAAAUGGAAUAACUUAGAGAAAAUCAUCUUAAAUAAAAUAUUAGUUUACAAAAAGAGUUUGAUGAUUUUAAAAAUUAUUCAGAAAAGGUUAUUCAAAAAUAUAUAAAUUAAAAUGAAAGAGCAAAUUAAAAAAUUUUAGAUUUAGAAUUAUCAAAAGUGAAUUUCUAAUCUGAAGAAAUUAAAAUUCAAGUUGAAGAUUUCAAUUAAUUAUCAAAAAAUGAAUAAGAUAAUCUUAAAUAACUUCAAGAAAAUUUGAAAAUCUAUGAGUUUAAAAUUUAGGAAAUUAAACAAGAAAAUGAUAAUUGUUAAGAAAAAUUAGAAAAAAAACAACUUAAAUUAAAGGGAUCUAUGAAUGAAUUGAAAAAAUGUUAAUAAUUAUUAGAAAAGUGGGAAAAGGACUCUCUUAUACUUAAGGAAGUAAAUCAAAUAGGAAAAGAUUAAUUUGAAAAAAAAUCUAUCAUUUAUUAAACUAAAUUAAAAGAAAUCUAAGUAAAAUUGAAUAAGAAGGGAGAAGAGUUAAAAAAAUUUAUGGAUGCCUUAGAGGAAUUAGAAAAUAAAUAUAAAAUAGAAAAAUAGAAUAAUAUACGAUAACAAGUAGAAUUUUAAAAAGAAACUAAAAAAUUAAAAGAUGAAUAUAAUAAAGAAAUGAAUGAAUAAAUAAUCUACUAUAAUUCUAUUUUAGAGUAAUAAAAAUAAACCAUUUAAUAAUUAAAGAUUGAUAAAGCAAAUUAAGAAGAGAAAAUAAAUUUAAAUAACAAUAUAGAUUAAGAAUCAAAAAAAAUUUAUGAAAAAUUAAGAAAUGAAUAGAAUUCUAAAAAUCUCAGAUAAUAAUCAAUUAAAAAUUCUAAUUAAUAAUUUAAUUAAAUAAUUUAAAACAUCUAUAAUCUUUUAACAUUAUAAUAGGGAGAUAUAAUUUAGAAUCUUAAAGAAUAAGGACUUUAAAUUAUUUAAGAUCUAUAAACAAAAUAUAUUAAUUAACAUGCUUUAGUAGAUUUAAAUAAUGAAAACUUUUUAAUGUAAAUUUGUAAAUUAAUAGUAAUAUUAAGUUAUAGUAUAAAUAAAGGUUAAUAAGAAAGUAAACAUAUUGAAGAUUUAAAAUAACUUGAAAAUCAACUUUAUGAAAAUGUUAAGAUAAUAAUGAUAAAAAAGAAAAAUAAUAAGAUCUUAUCAAAUAAAAUUAUAAAGAGAUUUUUUUCUAUAACGGUCCUGAUAGUACUUACUUUAAUUUAUUAAUUUAUGAUCCACAUUCCAAUAUCUGUUUGA